AAAAAAAAAGAAAUCCCCAAAAUCUAGGGUUUUCUUCUUCUUCUUCUUCUCCAAUUUCAAUUUUUUCUUCUACGAAAAUUCUGUUUGAUUCCUGCCGCCUGUCGGGUGUUUCUCAGUCGCUUCUCUUUCACCAAGUUCCUUCCCUUUUACUUUUUCGUUUGUUGAAGCCAAUUUUGUUCUCUGAACUCUGCAAAAUCGUGAUCGGUUAUAAUUCACUCUCAGGGUUUUGAUUUCCUUAAAGAACAAGUGUUAUCUUCUUUGAAGGCGGAUUUCUAGAGAGCUCUCUGCUGUGAAUCUCCUCUGAGAUGCAAUCGAAACCGGGAAGAGAAAACGAAGAGGAAGUGAAUCACCAUGCUGCUCAGCAACCGAUGAUGUAUCCAGAGCCCUGGUGGAAAAACAACUCUUUUGGUGUCUCUCCUCAUGCCAGACCUUCUGGGAUUCCAUCUAAUUCCUCUUCUUUGGAUUGCCCCAACGGUGGUUCUGAGUCAAACGAUGUUCAUUCAGCCUCUGAAGAUGGUGCCUUGAAUGGUGAGAACGAUGCCACUUGGAAGGAUUCCCAAGCUGCUACUUCUUCCCGUUCAGUAGAUAAUCAUGGAAUGGAAGGGAAUGAUCCUGCGCUUUCUAUGCGUAACCUGCAUGACCAGCAACUUGUACAACCACCAGAGCUUGUUGGACACUAUAUUGCUUGUGUCCCAAAUCCAUAUCAGGAUCCAUAUUAUGGGGGAAUGAUGGGAGCAUAUGGUCAUCAGCCAUUGGGAUUCCGUCCAUAUCUUGGAAUGCCUCGGGAGAGAACAGCUCUGCCACUUGACAUGACACAAGAACCCGUCUAUGUGAAUGCGAAACAGUACGAGGGAAUUCUAAGACGUAGAAAAGCACGUGCCAAGGCAGAGCUAGAGAGGAAAGUGAUCAGGGACAGAAAGCCAUAUCUUCAUGAGUCUAGACACAAACAUGCAAUGAGAAGGGCACGAGCUAGUGGAGGCCGGUUUGCGAAGAAAAGCGAGGUAGAAGCAGCAGAAGAUGCAGGAGGAAGAGGAAGAGAAAGGGGUUCAGCAACGAACUCAUCAAGCUCUGAACAAGUUGAGACAGACUCUAAUGAGACCCUGAAUUCAUCAGGCGCACCAUAAUAAAGCCAAAGCUCUGAAAGGGAAAAGAGACACACUUUGGCUAAUAUAUCCAUUGCCCCAAACCGGCAAAUCAUUCUUGGCUUUUUGGUUUCUGUGUUUGUUACUUGUUCUGUCAAGAGUCCCAUAUUGUGUGGUUUUGCAGUUAUGAAUGUACAUAGAGCGGGUCAUGUUAGGUGUUAGAUGGAGACAAGAGACGGGGAAUAGUAAGUAGGUCUUGGUUUUUUUUAUUCUUAACCUUUUUUCUUAUUUUGCAAAAUUGAAAGAAUACGUUUGUUUAAUCGUUU